AUGUCUGACCCUCUCUCAGCAACAAGUAGUGUGAUAGGCGUCGUCUCAUUAGGCCUGGUCGUCUGCCAGGGCUUGGUUACCUACUUUUCGACCUACAAAGGUCAGAACCAAUAUCUCGACAGUCUCACCCAAAGAACCGAAAACCUCCAAGGAUGUCUCACCUUGUUACAACAUGCUCUUCCACUAUGGAUGGUGCGGUUUUCCGACACAGCCUCCCACAUCGAACAGCAUAUCACCGCGUGCCAGGCCAGCAUCGUGGUUUUGAGCAGUAAGCUUUCUGGAUUCAAAAGGACGCAAGGACCUUCGUUGCACAGAGACAAACUGCGCUAUGUCGCACACAAGGCAGCCUUUCCAUUCACAAAGGCCACCAUCACAGAGCUAUCGGGCAUACUUGAUGGUUUACAGGAAAACUUGAACACGAUCCUCUGCAUUGUCGGGCUGGAAGCAUCCUCUAUCCUAGUCAAGACCCAGGAUGUGACAAACACAAAGAUUGAUGCGGUUUUAUCAGCUUCGGGCGUCAUGACUGCUCGCAUCCAGAGCGCUAGCGAUGGCCUCUCGUCUCUGCGGGCUGAAAUGUCGACGAUCCAAAACGACCUUCAAGCAGUGAAAUCAAUUCUCGGAACAGGCGUGCCUGCACUUAUCCGGCGGACUGAUGGCCCGAGUCUGAAUGCAAGACCCCAGAACUGGCAGCAACGGGGGUUGGAAAUACGGCAGGUUGAAGCCCAGCACCUCCCAACACCAGUCUCUCCCACCGGAACUUCUCUUCAUGCCUCGCCUGGACGUCCGAGUUGUUCAACCCCCAACACGUUGAAAUGGUCCAAUUCCUACGUCUGCUUAUGCCCCAGAACCAAAACUCGUCGACCCGCUAGGGCCAAGCUAUUGUUCAUCGGCUAUCUCCAAACCCAGGAGCAUGAAGAGGACUGCCCCUACUACCUUCCAGGUGCCAAGAGGAGAGCGUUGGACAUCUGGAUAUCCUAUCGCUCAGUGCUGAUCUCUCGUGGUGUUCGAUGCAUGGUGUCCUUGGCCACUGGCUCGGCUGGAAGAUCUAUCAGUGCAAACAUUGACUGGAUUCCAGUUGUUUCCUCCAAGACUUCUCCUGCUAUUCAACUACUAGUAGACUUGCGUCUAACACUCGAUGUUAGUGCAGAGCCGAAUGCUCUUCUGGAUAAUGCCCGUGUUGAACUGAUGGGCCUCUUCACACAAAGAAAAGCACAUCCGAGAGAGGUCAAUGAAGAUGGACGUAGUCUCCUGUGGUACGCAAGCAAGCUAGCCCUUACCAGUUAUUUUGUAUUUUAUGGAAAAGACGCGGCCUUUCAAUCUUUUUGCCGCCUCUUAUACUCGCUUGCCUCCUGGGGUGCCAAAGAAAACCUUGCAGACAUUAUUGAUAGAUUCACGCUGGUUAUGGGUGGGCGCCCAGAGCUUGGUUUGCUCACGGAAGAUUUGAGCCAGAGGGGAGCUCUUGAAGUUCUAUCAGACAAAAGCAAAUUAGCGUGGGUCUACAGUCUGGUUUACUGGCCACAGUGGUACCAUGUGCUGCAAACCGGACCACUGAGCAAGGCAAUUCUGCGACGAACCCCAAAAGAGGCCAUUCGCCUGCUCCAGCACAAACCCUCUCUUAUAAGUGAGUUGAAUGAUUGGGGUCACUCCCUUGUGCACCUCAGUAGCGAUUGGCCCCUGGGUCUGGUUAUCCUUCUCAAACAUGGAGCUUCUUCAUUGAUCAAUGUGAAUGACAAAUCUGGAGCUAAACCGAUGGAAUGGACGUUGUCGACUUCAAAUAUUGCAACCAUGAUAUUGAUAGCGGCAGGAUCUGGGCUUGACAACAAUGCUCUCGACAUAGUCAUGUGGAAGGUUAACAGGGAGAUUUCUCAAGAACUUUCUGACGUUGCCGCCGAGGGCCUUGGUUGCAGAAGAAAGCAGCUUCAGCGACUUGCAGCGUCGCAUUUGCCCCAACACAGGCUCUCAUUCAGCGCCGAGACACUCAAAGUUUUGGAUGAGCAAGCCGCUGGGGUAUCCACUGCACUUGACGAGUCGGGUAUCAGGAUUCCAGGAGCUCUGUCCACUUCCAGGCAUCAGACAACCAUAUAUCACAGCCGUCGCGUCCGUGCUGGAACUGCACAGAAAUUCUUCAACAAUGGCUUCCAGGAUAUUGAUGGGCGUAAUCACCAAGGCUAUACGCCUCUUAUGGUGGGAGAUUGGUGGGACGGCGGACCUCCGGACCUCCAAUAUGCUCAAUGGCUUUGUGAUCGCGGCGCCAGUCUGCUUUGCCAAUUUCCUACAUGCACGAACAACAACUGCUGGAAUACAGAUGAGCAUCAGAGGCCACCUGCGCUCAGAGCGACACAUAUUGUUGCAUUCCAGCUCGGGCUGAGACUCUUCGAAUUCCAGUGGAAUGUGCUGGACUUCCUAAACUCCACCUUUCCGACGGACUGUUUUGAGCUUCUUUCGACUAUUGUAUCCUCCAACUUGUCCGACGGCUGUUCCUGUGCUUGUUCUAGCCAAGGAUGUAUUCCGAUCCUGAAUUUCUUGAGCAAUCCCAGUCCAGUUGGUGGGCCUCGAAGCUAUUGGUUCUUGCGGUGGCUGGACUUAUAUUUCCCAUAUGAUUUUCCUCAAUUGUUUCUGAAAGUCCUAAGACUGUACACUUUUGAGGGUCUCGGCCUGACGCACACAUGUUGCCGGCAUGGCUGUCGCCGAGAUUGUUUCGACGUUUAUGACCCUAGGGAGAAAGUAUGCCCAUUUUCAAUCCCCAUUGAUGACGAGAUUCAAGAGAUUCAGAAUGAAGAAACGCACCUUAUUGCUCUUCUUGAUUCACUUAUGGCGGAGUUCACGGAACAGUGGCUAUGGCCGACGUCAGACUGGAAGGUGGACGAGUUCAUGUCCAAGAUUUGGCGGCCUAGAUUGAGACAGAUUCGACAAGAAAGAGCACAAAUGUUCGUGGGGGACCAGGAACAAAUGCGGUGCAUGGGCGUCGAGCUGCAUUCCGACGACGAGGACUCUUUGACUGAGGAUGGAGAUGAAGGCGAUCGUUACGCUACACGUGACCCUAACACAAAUGUGGAGUAUUACUGGGAUGGACAGCCUCCGCCAGACGCGGCAUUUACCAAUGCAGCCCGAAAAACAAAGUCCAAAAACGACCUUCGAGAGAUCAGAGCCUUCUUCACUAACGCCGAGGUCGCCGAAAUCCUCAAAGGAGCUGCUCGAGAAAACGGCCUCGAAGAUUACGACAUCUGGUUCAGCAUAAUCGAAAAGUUUGAUGGGCAGCAAAACGAGGAGCUUCGAAAGAUCACGGGCAACGCCAGGAAGAGGCGGUGGAGGGGCAUGUCAUUGUCUGAACGAGCCGCCGAAUCCCCUAUAUGGAGCAGCAAGGAAGAUUGGAAAUGCUUCAAGGUCGAUCAGGAGUUGGCGAACGUAUUGAUGUUCAACCUGAUGAGGACGGUCGGCGUCCUUGGUAUAUGGACCCUGUCCUCUCACGACUUUCGAUGA